GUUUCUUUGUAUGCGGAAUCACAAGAUUCGUGAAAUCGUUGAAACAUGUAAAACUUAGAUAACAGUAAUGUUAUAUUUCCAGUUUUUCACUAGACUUACCUUAUUGUACGUAUUAGGCUCAUCUGUAAGUACCAAGAAUGUGUCUAGCAUUACUAUCGUUAAAGUGGACUACAAGUCACUUCACAACCACACUCGCGAUGUCACAUUGUCCACGGAAAAAAACACCGGACCAAGUAUGUUGAAAAAUGGCUCAACUAGUAAAUCUGAAGCAACACUUGUUCCGACACAAUCUUUUGGAGUUCGUCUUACCACAAGCACUCUCUCAUCAGCUGUAAUAAGUACUCAAUAUUCCGGAGAAAGACCAGAAAUACAGCCUGUAGGAACCAAUGAUUUCAGAACACAAAACUCCUCUGUUUCAGUAAGACGUGGUUAUUCUGUUCCCCCUCUACCUGAUUUUUAUUCAAGAGUAGCUAUAUCAGACUGGAAAAUCCCGCAACCAUCAUCUAAUCCGUACUUUCUGGAGUGCUCAGGUGUCCAUCAUUAUUGUAGCUUUUCUCAGAGGGCUUCAAUUGAGUCGGGUUUCCAUAUAAACCACUACUGUUCCUGCGACCCAAACUGCAUCCGAUAUGGAGACUGCUGCUGGGACACUCGAUUAAAAGUAACAAAACAGAAGGCUGGGGAAGAGAAUUUCUGGGCAUGUGUUCUCCCCAUAAACAAUAGUAAAUCUGAAUCUUUCUUAAUGGUGUCUCGCUGUCCCUCUUCGUGGACAGAUUCAGAAGUACGAAUUCAGUGUGAAAGUUAUGACUCCAGUCAGCUAAAAGACCCGUUUCUUAACGUGCCGGUUACAGGAGAGGUUUCGCAAGUCACAUAUCGUAACAUAUUUUGCGCCAUUUGUCACAAGGAUCUGAAUGUAUUGGCCUGGAACGUGGUUUUUGACUGCUCAGUUGAAUUUUCAUCCAAUGUAAACUAUUCAUCUUUCUUGUUAAAAGAUUAUAAAAAUUGCGGUUUUUUCUUUUUAUUUCCAAAAGAACUGAGAAAGUACAAAAACAGUGCUUUACGGCCCUGUGACAAAAAUAUUAUAUCGCAAUGUUCAGAAAAUUGGCUACUAUACACGAAGGAUAUCAACAAAUCAAAAAGGGAAAUUCAAAAUAGAUGCUCUUUGUAUUUUGCUCCUGUGCAAAUGUCAUUAAACUUAAACAUUGUAUUUAAGAAUAAAUUCUGUGCCAUAUGCAACUCUGUAACUGUUGAUAAACUCUCUUGUUCUAGGCCGCAAAAAUCGAUUAUUCAACAUUUUGAUGAAGACAAUAUUCCUUCAUUUGCUUUUCUAUUAGAUAUAAAUUUUGAACAGGGAUAUACUUUAGUCGGAACAAAAAGACGCUGUCUACAUUCGCAGGUCUACGACCCGUGGCAAGAAAAGUGUCGGAAUAUAUCAUGCGGCCGCUUGUUCAUAAAUAAAAACGGAAUUUGUAAGCAAGGUUACCAUAACUUACUCGAAAAUCCAGUGAAUUUCCCUGACUGGUCCAAUAGUACCCUUUUGUCCAGUUGUCCUAAGGUCUCGGUUUCAGCCGAUGACUUCAAAAUUGACAUAAACGGCACGGUUGUUCUAAAACAAACUGGACACAUACUCCGAUUUGGGGCUUAUGAAGCAGCUACAAACACUUCCAUCUUGGUAUGCGCCCCAUCUAAAGAGAAUAUCAUCAGUAAAUUCGGGGACAUUCAAGGAUACCUAACUGUAACUUGUACAAGCAUUUCCCUAGUUUCUCUUUUCCUUAAAAUAAUUAUUUAUCUUUUCACCCCUGAAAACCAUAACCUUCCAGCAAAAAUUGUAGUUUGUCUGUCCAUUUCUCUUCUGGUUGGUCAGUCUGUGUUUUUACUUGGAACACACAAGACACAUUAUUUUAUAUUGUGCAAGUGUAUGGCCAUUAUCAUGCAUUAUUCGUUUCUCGCAUCUUUUUUUUGGAUGAAUGUAUUAGCUUACGACAUUUGCAAAACUUUCUGUUCGCUGAAAGUAACAAGGAACGUUUCGAACAAUCGAGAAUUAAUGAAAUAUUGUACGUACGGCUGGUUUUGUCCAUUGCUAAUCGUUGCCACCGCUGUUACGAUAGAUCUUGUCUUUCAAGAAAAUGUUAUUUCGCCAGGCUAUGGAAAGACUCUUUGUUGGAUAUCCAAUCGGAUGGCGCUGCUAAUCUUUUUCGCCGUUCCUCUUGGUAUAUUAGUGACUGUUAAUGCUAUACUAUUCAUCAAAACUACUGUUCAGAUAUCACGCUCCAAACGUCACAGCAGGGUUGCUCAUGAAAACACAGGCCAAGGAAGGAGUCGUCUUCGACUGGUUUUGUACGUGAAACUUGCUUUGGUUAUGGGAUUAACGUGGACUUUUGGAUUCAUGGCAGCCAUCGCUGGAAGUGAUGUCCUUUGGUGUUUUUUCAUAGUGUUCAACAGCUUGCAAGGUGCAUUUAUUUUACUCGCAUUCACUCAAAUAACAGAUCUUAUUGCAUUACUUCGUUUAAAAAUUUGUCAGCUUUUUUCCCGAAUUAGCCACAACCAAGAAAAACGACGGUCGAUCGACUCGUGCACUUUACCAACUCAGUCUAGUUGUGCAGUCUAAACAUUAAAUCAGUAUCAUAUUAAACCGGAACAUCGAAAUCUAUAGUCAGAAGAAUUACCAUGAAGAAAACAAAACUCACUUUAUUAGUAUUUAUAAAAAAAAAAGAGUUUAUUUGAACCAAAAGAUAAUUAUUCUUUGAAACUUCAUUUGUUUUUUCAAACUUCCUCCAAGAAAAGUAGCUUAAUGCAUUUGAUAUUUAAAGAAAUUGUAUUGUAAUUUUGAUAAUGUGUCUUAAACGAUCAUGUCAGAGACCCCUAGCUUCAGAUAUAGCUAUUCCUAAUUUCGAACUGCUGGUCAGACGGAAUGCAACCAACCGACAAUAUUCGUUGUCAUAAGGACUCUUUGGACAGAAUCAUGUGAUUGGCUAUCACUUUUUUUUAGCGCGCCCAUUUCUGAAAGUGCGGAGUGUUUCGAAAAGCAUCACUUCUCGAACUCGGGACCCUUCCAUCUACAGCCGAACAUUCUCACAACUAGGCCUCGUUCAGCCUUUUUAAUAUUAAUUAAUUUCAGUAUUGGAUAAAUAUAACGAAAACAUUCAAUGUACCAAAAUUUUCAGUGAAAUUUUGAGAAAAAGGAUCAUAUAUAGGUAGAUCGCAACAUUUUGCAAUUGAUCUGUGGUGCCAAUACGAAACCAGUUUAAGAUAUUGUUUUGCAUAUAUCCAAAAUUGUUGUUGGGAUUAGCAGAGGAAGUAGAACUUUAGUUACUACAUAUUUCAUAAAUAAAAAAGCACUUCCAGGCGCAGAUAUGUAAAAACGUGUAAAAAAGCAGAAAAAUAAGUUUCUUAGCUUUAAUUAAUAGACAAGUCUGUUUUCUGUCCUGGACAUCGGAGAGAAGUUCACAAUAGUAAAGGAAAAUGAAAGAUUGCUUAUUAAAAUCAAAAAGUUGCUUAUCUCAUUCGGACUAUAAAAAUACCUGUAUAAAGACAGCUCGAAGAAUAAACUUUUUUAAAGAGGUUGAAGGUUUAUUUUGUUUAGACACUGCAAAAAACAAAUUAUGUUGUCAUAAGAUAUUCUGCCAAAUGUGUUUUAUUUACUGAAGUGAACAUGUUUGCCGUGAAUGUGGGUUAUUUGUUGUUACACGGUGAGAUAUUUUUGAUGUGCCAAGCAUGAGUGUUCUAAACCCGAUUUUUAUUAUUAUAAGCCCUCAGACUUAUCAAUGAGCCACCAGAGGGAACCAUGAAGAUGGAAGAUAUUUUACGAAGGCUCUCUGAUUAUCAGGUUUCUCUUUUUGUAUGUGUGUGUGUGUGAUUUAUCUA